AUGGGGGUGCGAGAAUCAGAACCGUCGGAUCGUACAACAUGGGGAAAUUGUACAAAGCUGGACUUAUAUUGUAAAAAUGUUUAUAACCCAAUUGUCAAAGUAUCAGAUUGGGAAAAAUAUAGUGAAUCUUUACCAAUAGAUGUCAAUCCCUAUUGCCCCACUGCAUUUGAUUUACAUUUUUCUCAUUAUAAUAAAAUUGGAAAAGACGAAAAUCCUGUAAAUUAUACAAGUACUACCCAUGACAUGCUUGCACAAGUAUUUACAAAAAGAAGAGAGUUUGACAUUAAUCCAAACAAAGCCGUUAUUAAUUUUGACGAUGAGAAAAAAAUCGGGUGUUCGUCUGCUUCUGGAGCAGACUAUGUAACAACAAUGCAACAUAGUUUUCUGCCUCCCUACCCAUAUUUACUGAAAAGGCUUUCUGUAGCUGAACCUCCUCAUUUCUUCCAUAGAUUUUUAAAAGCAAAAGGCUCAUCUAAGUUUCUAGACGAUGAUUAUAUCCAACACAUACAAAGGCUGCAGAUGUACAAAAGUUACAAAUAUGUUUCAUAUAAUCCGUGUACUGGAUAUUAUACAGAUGGAACCUUGGGAGACGUGAGGGAUUUGUAUUGA